AUGAGGGUGCUCUGUGCCUUCCCUGAAGCCAUGCCCUCCAGCAACUCCUGCCCCCCCUCGUGCCUAGCCCCAGUGGCUCUCUUCUUGGCUCUGUUGCUCCAUCUCUUCCUUUCCUCCCAAGCUGGAGACAGGAGACCCUUGCCUGUAGACAGAGCUCCAGGUUUGAAGGAAAAGACUCUGAUUCUACUUGAUGUGAGCACCAAGAACCCAAUCAGGACAGUCAAUGAGAACUUCCUCUCUCUGCAGCUGGAUCCGUCCAUCAUUCAUGAUGGCUGGCUCGAUUUCUUAAGCUCCAAGCGUCUGGUGACCUUGGCCCGGGGACUUUCGCCAGCCUUUCUGCGCUUUGGGGGUAAACGGACUGACUUCCUGCAGUUCCAGAACUUGAGGAACCCGGCGAAAAGCCGCGGGGGGCCCGGCCCGGAUUACUAUCUUAAAAACUACGAGGAUGACAUUGUUCGAAGUGAUGUUGCCUUGGAUAAACAGAAAGGCUGCAAGAUUGCCCAGCACCCUGAUGUUAUGCUGGAGCUCCAACGGGAGAAGGCAGCUCAGAUGCAUCUGGUUCUUCUAAAGGAACAAUUUUCCAAUACUUACAGUAAUCUCAUAUUAACAGCCAGGUCUCUAGACAAACUUUACAACUUUGCUGAUUGCUCUGGACUCCACCUGAUAUUUGCUCUAAAUGCACUGCGUCGCAAUCCCAAUAACUCCUGGAACAGUUCUAGUGCCUUGAGUCUGUUGAAGUACAGUGCCAGCAAAAAGUACAACAUUUCUUGGGAACUGGGUAAUGAGCCAAAUAACUAUCGGACCAUGCAUGGCCGGGCAGUAAAUGGCAGCCAGUUGGGAAAGGAUUACCUCCAGCUGAAGAGGCUAUUGCAGCCCAUCCGGAUUUACUCCAGAGCCAGCUUAUAUGGCCCUAAUAUUGGGCGUCCCAGGAAGAAUGUCAUCGCCCUCCUAGAUGGAUUCAUGAAGGUGGCAGGGAGCACAGUGGAUGCAGUUACCUGGCAACAUUGCUACAUUGAUGGCCGGGUGGUCAAGGUGAUGGACUUCCUGAAAACUCGCCUGUUAGAUACACUCUCUGACCAGAUUAGGAAAAUUCAGAAAGUGGUUAAUACAUACACCCCAGGAAAGAAGAUUUGGCUGGAAGGUGUGGUAACCACCUCUGCUGGAGGCACAAACAACCUGUCGGACUCCUAUGCUGCAGGAUUCUUAUGGUUGAACACUUUAGGAAUGCUGGCCAAUCAGGGCAUUGAUGUUGUGAUACGGCAUUCAUUUUUUGACCAUGGAUACAAUCACCUCGUGGACCAGAAUUUUAACCCACUACCAGACUACUGGCUCUCUCUCCUGUACAAGCGCUUGAUUGGCCCCAAAGUCUUGGCCGUGCACGUGGCUGGGCUCCAGCGGAAGCCGAGACCAGGCCGAGUGAUCCGGGACAAACUGAGGAUUUACGCUCACUGCACAAACCACCACAACCACAACUAUGUUCGGGGGUCCAUCACACUUUUCAUCAUCAACCUGCACAGAUCAAGAAAGAAAAUCAAAUUGGCUGGGACUCUCAGGGACAAGCUUGUGCACCAGUACCUGCUGCAGCCCUACGGACAGGAGGGCCUGAAGUCCAAGUCAGUGCAGCUGAACGGCCAGCCCUUGGUGAUGGUGGACGAUGGGACCCUCCCCGAAUUGAAACCCCGCCCCCUGCGGGCCGGUCGGACAUUGGUCAUCCCUCCGGUCACCAUGGGAUUUUACGUGGUCAAGAAUGUCAACGCUUUGGCUUGCCGCUACCGAUGAAGCACCCUCACAUCACACAGUGCCCACAAGUCUGCUGGACCACUUUCCACUCUUCUGCCCCAGUAGCACCCUCAUUUUUUCAGACAUCUUAGCAACAAACCAGUCUCUGCUGCCCUGUCCUGCUGGAAUCAACAUAGACUUGCUCUGCCAAGGUAGCCUGAGUGCAGCCCACAUAGGUCACAUCCAACCCGAAGGGAAAUGUGGACACCACCUAUACCUAUAAAGGAUGAAGGUCUGCGUGUAGAGCUGUAUGUAUCCUUGUACGUGCACCAUGAAACCAAGCUGAAGCACGCUCCCCAGACCAAUGACACCACGCCCCGUGACUCUGGUCUCACAGCCAGGGCACUACGGACUAGCCUGUGCGGCUCCCCUCAGCAGAAACAAGCAAGGAAAGAACCUGGCGGACAUUUGAGAGGCCCGUCCUCCUCCAGCUCCUUUCCCUUGUCUGUUCCCUGCUGUUGCCCUGGGUUUCCUGUCAGCUCUCUUCCCAGAGGGGAGCGAGUGGGUGAGUCAGCCUGGCCUGCUGGGUGAGCUGUUUGUGUAACUUCCCGGCUGAUGCAUGAGUGUGUGCAUCUGGGCUUCUGACAGCAGCAUCAAUCACUGGCUAUUCCUCUGGGAAGCGGGUGCUUCAAAAGUAAAAUUGUAAUCAUACCCCAGGUUUUAUAAGAAGGUGCUAUUCCUCUGUGAGUCCGGAUCCCCCCCAGGGCUGGAAUGGGAGUCAGGUAACAACGUGCAUGGAGUGGAGAGCCGUGCGUGAGGCACUGCGAAGGCCAGCCCCCAUCUGCCAAGUGGCUGCGAGGGAGUUUUCGCACAAAGGGCCGGCACACCAAACCACACCCACACACGCACACGCAACCACCACCACAACUGAACAAAGCAAAUAAUCAGACCUGCCUCGAACUUGAAAGAAUGUUUAUUAAGGGUAAGUCCUUAAUGAUUCGGUUGACCAAAACCAUUUUUUUUAAAGAUGUAUAAAUCAAAGGUCCUCACUGUUCAGACACAGCUGGCUGUAAUCUUUCUGCCUCUUCACAAUGCAUGUACUAGGUCAUCUUCAACGACCAGGUCUGCCUUGGCCUGGACCGGCUUAUUUAAGCAGCAAACAAAGCUUUCGGUGAGAGCCACUCUGGGAAGGCUGCGUCUGGAGACAAGACCGACGGGGAAACUGGGGAACCGGAGGCGGGAAGCUGCCAGUCGGAGGGGGGCAAGUGGAGGGAGUUGAAGUUCACCGUGAGGACCCUCUGGGUGGGCUAUGGGGUCUUUGCAAACUGAGACUUCGCAAAUCUGCACCUGAAACGACUUCCUUUUCUGUGGAUGUGAUUUUCUUUCUCAGGAUAAAUGACAUGAAUGAUGCGUUUUUACAGGCGACAGUUGACAGUGUCACAGGGUUCCAGCUGAAGGCAUGAUACAACCUCUGCUAUAGUGAGGAAAGGUCAGGAGUGGAGGGGGGGCAGGACUGCCGAGGCCAGCCACCAGGGAGGCUGCAGAAGGUGCCCGAGGAGUUGAGUGGGGACUGGGGCCCAGUCGGCGGUGAGGUGAGGUGAGAGGCGGGAGGACGAGGAAAGAGGAGAGAAAGUGGAGGGUUCUCAGCUUGGAGAGCAGGGAGUUGGGGCAAGGGGAGCUGACAGCUGAGUUUACGUUUAGGGAAGAGUGUGGACGCGGUUUUGACGGGCUUAUUAUCA